AUGGAGGAUCAGAUAUCUGAGCCAGAACAUUGGGCUGACGCUGUACAAGUAUUCCACGACCCUGACACUGACACGAGAUGUAUCUACAGGGUUCCCAACAAACUCCGCAAAGUAAAUGAAGCAGCAUACACUCCUCAAUUAAUUUCGAUAGGCCCCUUCCACCAUGGCAAACCAGAACUCAAGGACAUGGAAACCCAUAAAAUAAUAUAUUGUGACAAUUUUUUUGAACGUUCUUCGAAGACCACGGAUGAACUAAAACAUUUCAUCGAAGGUUGUCAAGAACAGAUUCUUAGGUGUUAUGCAGGGACAAUUAGUCAGGUUGACAACUACUUUCGGGACGUAAUUCUACGUGAUGCUGGCUUCAUCAUUGAGCUCUUCUUGACGAAUUCCGAAAACCCUGAAAAUUAUUAUCACAUAUUAAGAUCACCGUGGCUGAGGAAAGCUAUAGAGCAGGACCUCAUACUGUUUGAAAAUCAGCUUCCUUAUUUUAUUCUUGAAGACCUGUAUAACUUUGCCAAGCCCAAGCCCAAGCCCAACUCUUAUUCCCCAUCCCGCAACAAAGUGCAAGCACGAGGACAGGCCAAUAGACGACACAGAUGCAUUGAUCUUGAUCAGAUAUGUUACUGCUUGCCUUGCUGUCGUCCAAAUCAACCCCGUGAUUAUGCUGUAGAAAUUAUUGAAGCCACUGUUCAUCCCUUUCUCAAGCUUACCUGUGAGUUCUUCAACUAUUACGGUACUAAGGAAAAUUCAGUCAGGAAGGGACUAGAUAUAAGAAAUUUCACUGAUUUGGUAAGACAUUUUCUGUGCCCCGCAGAAGAAAUGACUUGGGUAGGUAGUCGUUUGACUCCUAUAAAAAAUAUAUACGACGCAAGAAAGCUGAAGGCAGCAGGAGUGAACUUUAGGCUACUUAAAGAAGCAGGGUUUGUCGUUAAAGGACAUGAAUCUCACCAUUGUAAUUUCAACUCAGCAUGUUUUACAAGUAUGGACUUGAAGCUUACACAAUUUUGUGUCAAGGAUGAGACAGAAUGCGUUAUUCGAAACGUCAUGGCGUUGGAGCAGUUUCUGUAUCCAGAGUGUGCUUCUAUUUGCGAAUACUUUUUGUUGAUGGAUAAGCUUGUGGACACUGUGGAAGACGUGAAUUUGCUGAUUGACAGUGGAGUUGUUGUUAACAACCUAGGCAGCAAUGAAAGAGUGACGAACUUGAUUAAUCAACUUUGUGAGCAGAUUAUGGAUGAUGUAUCCUGCUAUGGUGAUCUUUGUGACAAACUUAAUAAGCACUAUGGGAUCAGUUUUUGGAACCGUCAUGUGGCACUCCUGAAGCGAGUUUACUUCAAGGAUCUUUGGACGGCCAGUUCAACUAUACUUGGAAUUUUUGUCCUGGUUUUCUCAAUCUUCGGAACUAUUAAAUCUCUCAAAUCUUAA